GGACGAAAAAUGACGUUCCGUCAUCUGUCCCGCAAAGCCUGGGCCACAAACUUCCCGGCGGGCAUUUACCACGCACACACACAGCAUCAAAAACAUAGCACUAAAAAGUUUCCCACAUCUACCACAUAUUUACAGCUCCAUAUUAGCACCACCAGGAAACCUCCCAACAUCUAAAUACACCUCACCAACAUCAUCAUGGCUUAUCGACAAAACACCAAACCGGACCAAGGGACGUCUCGAGGCCCAUGUCAUUUUUAUGCCCGUGGGUUGUGCUCGAAAGGCAAUGCCUGUCAGUUCGCACAUGAGGGCCACGGCAAUCCCUCAACAUCUCGGCCAAGUUCGAGUGGGAAGUUGCCUUGUCGAUUCUUUGCUGCCGGCCAUUGUGCAAGAGGAGACUCUUGCUUUUACGCCCACGACAAGCCGCCCAAGUUACCCGAGUCGCCCAAGCCAUCAACAUCGGGUAACCCUCUGCCUGUGCCACCCCCUCCUGUCGAUUCACGGGCCCAGAUCCCCUGUCAAUUCUUUGCAAGAGGUGCUUGCAGGAGCGGGGCCGCCUGUCCGUUUGCGCACUCAGAGACGGAGUUCAAGCCUGAGGAUGGAAAAGAAGACGCGGAGCAGGUAGUGGAAGAGCAUGCAUUCAAAGAGGAGCCCUCCCACGACGACUGGUCCCGCGAGCUCGCCGGGGCGCUGGCCCACUUCGAUGACGGCGCGGUUGUGGCAAAGAUUUCUUGCCACUCCGACUUCUCCGCCAUCCGUCUGAGCAACCUCCCGGAGGCCAGCUCCCCCGCGUCUGUGGCCGCCUUGUUUGCGGGCAUGGCCGUGACGGUUUCGGCGGAGAAUGUGCGGGUUGUACCGCACCCGGAGUCGGCCACCUGCAGCGCCGAUAUCACGGUCGAGGAUCCGACCUUUGCGGCGACAGCGUGUACCAAGCUGCGUGCUGGGGCCGCUGGCUCACACGUCGAAGCCGUCCCUAUCCCCGUCCCGACGCCACGAGGAUCCAGCCUGCACAGAGUCGACCGCAGGAGGCUUCACUGUUCUUGGCACCGACCAACCCGUGCUGUGUGGCUUAACUUCAGAUCCGAGAACAUGGCACGGAAAGUCUACGACAAGUUCAACGCCGGGACCUACAAGAUACUUGACCGCACCGUGAAAGCUAAUCCGCCGAAGGGCAAGACGAAUGCUCGGAACCCCUCGGCCUGGACUGUGAUGGCUCGGAACCCCCCGGCUUGGACUGUGAUGUUGACGGACGUGCCCGGCACCACUACGGAGGGAGACAUCUACCAAGCCAUCCCAGAGUUCAACUGUCCGCGCUCCGUGGCGAUGACAAAACCGACCUACGACCUCGGCGUGGACCUCGCCGCCAUGGCUGUUAAGGCGAUGCUGUCCCGGUUUGGACCCUUGGAGUGGUGGGAGGUAUCCAACAACAAUAAGGGCAAACGCAUCAAGGCCCAGGCACGCUUCUUCGAGGAAGCCCACGCGAGAGAUGCGGCGUCCGCGCUCAACAACAAGCUAUUACCGUUUAGCGCCACGACCAAACUGACGACCCAACUCAUGACAACGGCCAAGUUCAAAGUAUCGACUCGGAUAUACCUUGCCUUGAGCGAGCGGAUCGGGUUACAGACGCUUAUCUGGGAGGGCCAGUGCCUUCAUUUCGUUGCAUAUCCCCCUCAUAACGGAUACCGCGUGUUGAAACUCGAGGGUGAGGACAGUGCGAAGCUGGCACAAGCCAAGAAAACGCUCGACCACAUCGUUGGCGGGGAGGUGGCAACGAAGGAUGGCAAGGAUCUGUGGAAUGCUAGCUUCGGAAGAAAUGGCGAGGGAUACCAGAGUCUUAAGCAAGUGGAGCAGGAUUAUGGCGUCGUCAUCGUCCGCGAUAGGCGCAAAUCGCAACUCCGGCUAUAUGGCCCAGAAGCGUCCAACAGGCGCGCUACAAAAGCUCUCGAACUUUUGUUACGGAACGUCGUCUCCGACAGCCAUGUUAUUGAGCUGGACUCGGACGGAUUCCGAUGGGCUUGCAAGGGCGGGUUCAAGGCACUCGCAUCACAUCUCGGCGGCAACAAGGCAACCUUUGACAUCGCCUCAACCCCCAAGCGCAUCCUCAUCGAAGGGUCCAAGGCAGACCUCACCGCGGCCAUGGCCAUCGUCGCGGCCAAACAAACCGGCCCCAUCACCCCAACCCCAGACACAGACACAGACACGGCCUGCUCGGUAUGCUGGAACGAAGCCGACGAACCAGUGCGCACCUCCUGCAACCACGUCUACUGCGCCGACUGCUUCCUCAACCUCUGCCAGGCCCCGAGCUCCGGCACCACCGCCUUCCGCAUCUCCUGCUUCGGCGACCUCGGCCGCUGCGAGAAGACGCUGCCCCUCGCAGAGCUCCAGGACCUCCUCUCCUCCGCCACCUUCGAGGCCGUCCUCGAAGCCUCCUUCGCCUCCCACGUCCGCCGCCACCCGGCCAACUUCCGCUACUGCCCGACCCCGGACUGCGACCAGGUCUACCGCGCCAGCACGCCAUCGGGUGCGAGUGCUGCCGCCGCCGCCACGUUCACCUGCACCAAGUGCCUGGCCGCGACGUGCACUGCUUGUCAUAGCGCGCAUCCGGGUAUCUCGUGCGCUGAGCACAAGGAUAUUGUGUCGGGGGGGUAUGAGGCGUUGGAGAGGAUUAAGAAGGAGUUGGGGGUUAAGGAUUGUCCGGGGUGCAAGACGGCGAUUGAGAAGACGUAUGGUUGUAACCAUAUGACUUGUCCUGGGUGCAGGACGCAUAUUUGUUGGGUGUGUAUGGCUACCUUUGGGGCUGGUCAAGCGUGCUAUGAUCAUAUGAGUAGGGAACAUGGGGAUUGGGUUUGAUGGCGGUGAUGGACAUCCAUAGGAGUGAAGGGCCUGGGGUUUGAUGGGGUACUCAGUCGGGGGG